UCGCAACAAUCCGACAAUUCAGUGGAAGAAACGGAACCGAGCGAUGGUAUCCCCGCGUUGAAGAGGAGCGGCGGGGGCAAGAAAAAGGGAGAAAGAUGGGCGCCGUUCUGCGGAGUCUGCUGUGGUGUAGUUUUUGUUCGCUAAUACGAGGUGCCCCCCUCCUCCUGUAUGCGAACCGGCGGGACUUGCGGCUUGUGGACGCCGCCCAGGGGCGGGGCAACGCCACGGUGCUGGUGAGCGGGCUGGAGGACGCGGCGGCCGUGGAUUACAUCUAUGCGCAGAGCCUCAUCUUCUGGAGCGACGUGAGCGAGGAGGCCAUCAAGCGCACCAGCUUCAACCGGACAGCAGGGGGCGCCCAGACCGUGGUGGUCUCGGGCCUGGCCUCCCCGGACGGCCUGGCCUGUGACUGGCUGGGCCUCAAGCUUUACUGGACUGACUCGGAGACCAACCGGAUCGAGGUGGCCGACCUGGACGGGUCCCUGCGGAAGGUGCUGUUCUGGCAAGACCUGGACCAGCCCAGAGCCAUCGCCCUGGACCCAGCCAGAGGGUACAUGUAUUGGACAGACUGGGGCGAGAUCCCCAAGAUUGAGCGGGCUGGCAUGGAUGGCACCAGCCGCUCAGUGAUCAUAGACAGCAACAUCUACUGGCCCAACGGACUGACGCUCGACUACAGCCAGCAGAAGCUGUACUGGGCCGACGCGAGGUACAGCUUCAUCCACCGCUCCGACCUGGACGGAAACGCGCGGGAGGUGGUGGUGAAAGGCUCCCUCCCCCACCCCUUUGCCCUGACGCUGUAUGAGGACACGCUCUUCUGGACCGACUGGACCACGCACUCGAUCCACUCCUGCAACAAGGUGACGGGGGACGACCGGCGGGAGGUCCACUCCAACAUCUUCUCCCCCAUGGACAUCCACGUCUUCAGCCAGAAGAGACAGCCCCCUGCUGUCACGAGCCCCUGCAUGGUGAAGAACGGUGGCUGCUCUCACCUGUGCCUGCUGUCACCUGUGAAGCCCUUCUACCAGUGCGCCUGUCCCACGGGGGUGCAGCUAUUGGAGGACCACAAGACUUGCCGGGAUGGUGCCACCCAGCUGCUGCUCCUGGCCCGGCGGACCGACCUGCGCCGCAUCUCCCUGGACACGCCCGACUUCACCGACAUUGUCCUGAAGGCCGAGGACAUCCGGCACGCCAUCGCCAUCGACUACGACCCCGUGGAGGGCCACGUGUACUGGACAGACGACGAGGUGCGGGCCAUCCGCCGAGCGCGGCUGGACGGCAGCGACAGCCAGCUGGUGGUCACCUCGCAGAUCAACCACCCGGACGGCAUCGCCGUGGACUGGGUCGCCCGCAACCUCUACUGGACCGACACCGGCACCGACCGCAUCGAGGUGACCCGCCUCAACGGAACCAUGCGCAAGAUCCUGGUGUCGGAGUGCCUGGACGAGCCCAGGGCCAUCGUUCUGGACCCUGUGGCGGGGCACAUGUACUGGACAGACUGGGGCGAGAUCCCAAAGAUCGAGCGGGCGGCUCUGGACGGGACGGACCGGGUGGUGAUGGUCAACACCUCGCUGGGCUGGCCCAACGGCCUGGCGCUGGACUAUGCCGAGAGCAAGAUCUACUGGGGGGAUGCCAAGACGGACAAGAUCGAGGUGAUGAACAUGGACGGGACGGAGCGCAGGAUCCUGGUGGAGGACAAGCUGCCGCACAUCUUCGGCUUCACACUGCUGGGCGACUUCAUCUACUGGACGGACUGGCAACGGAGGAGCAUCGAGCGCGUGCACAAGCGCUCGGCCGAGCGCGAGAUCAUCAUCGACCAGCUGCCCGACCUCAUGGGCCUCAAGGCCACCUACGUGCACGAGACCUUCGGCACGAACCCCUGCGCCGAGAACAAUGGGGGCUGCAGCCACCUGUGCCUGUACAAGCCCCAGGGCGUGCAGUGCGCCUGCCCCAUCGGCCUGGAGCUCAUUGGGGACAUGAGCACCUGCAUCGUCCCUGAGGCCUUCCUGCUCUUCUCCCGCCACACCGACAUCCGCCGCAUCUCCCUGGAGACCAACAACAACAACGUGGCCAUCCCCCUCACCGGCGUCAAGGAGGCCUCGGCGCUGGACUUCGAUGUGACUGACAACCGCAUCUACUGGACGGACAUCACGCUGAAGACCAUCAGUCGGGCCUUUAUGAAUGGCAGCGCCCUUGAGCAUGUGGUGGAGUUCGGCUUGGAUUACCCAGAAGGCAUGGCGGUGGACUGGCUGGGGAAGAACCUGUACUGGGCCGACACCGGCACCAACCGCAUCGAGGUGGCCAAACUGGACGGGCAGCACCGGCAGGUUCUGGUGUGGAAGGACCUGGACAGCCCCCGGGCCCUGGCCCUGGACCCAGCGGAGGGCUUCAUGUACUGGACAGAGUGGGGCGGCAAGCCCAAGAUCGACCGCGCCGCCAUGGACGGGACGGGGCGCACGACGCUGGUCCCCAACGUGGGGCGCGCCAACGGCCUCACCAUCGACUACGCCGAGCGGCGGCUCUACUGGACCGACCUGGACACCACGCUCAUCGAGUCCUCCAACAUGCUCGGGCUGGAGCGCGAGGUGAUUGCAGAUGACUUGCCCCACCCCUUCGGGCUGACUCAGUACCAGGACUACAUCUACUGGACGGACUGGAGCCAGCGCAGCAUCGAGCGGGCCAAUAAGACCAGCGGGCAGAACCGCACCGUCAUCCAGGGCCACCUGGACUACGUGAUGGACAUCCUGGUCUUCCACUCCUCGCGCCAGGGGGGCUGGAACGCUUGCGCCUCCACCAAUGGCCACUGCUCCCACCUCUGCCUGGCCGUGCCGAUCAGCAGCUUCGUCUGCGGCUGCCCUGCCCACUACUCCCUCAACGCUGACAACAAGACCUGCAGCGCCCCGACAUCCUUCCUGCUCUUCAGCCAGAAGGCGGCCAUCAACCGCAUGGUGAUCGACGAGCAGCAGAGCCCCGACAUCAUCCUACCCAUCCACAGCCUGCGCAACGUGCGGGCCAUCGACUACGACCCCCUCCACAAGCACCUGUACUGGAUCGACCUGAAGCAGAACGUCAUCCGCCGUGCCCAGGAGGACGGCAACCAGAGUAUGACCGUGGUGUCCAGCACAGCGGGGAGCCUGGGCCUGCAGCCGUAUGACCUCAGCAUCGACAUCUACAGCCGCUUCAUCUACUGGACCAGCGAGGCCACCAACGUCAUCAACGUCACCCGCACCGACGGCCAGCGAGUGGGCGUGGUCCUCCGCGGGGAGCAGGACAAGCCCCGGGCCAUCGUGGUCAACCCCGAGAGAGGGUACAUGUACUUCACCAACCUGCAGGAGCGCUCGCCCAAGAUCGAGCGGGCGGCGCUGGACGGCACGGAGAGGGAGGUGCUGUUCUUCAGCGGCCUGGGCAAGCCCGUCGCCCUGGCCAUCGACAACGAGGUGGGCAAGCUGUUCUGGGUGGACUCGGACCUGCGGCGCAUCGAGAGCAGCGACCUCUCCGGCGCCAACCGCAUCGUCAUCGCCGACUCCAACAUCCUGCAGCCGGUGGGGCUGACGGUGUUCGGCAGCCACCUGUACUGGAUCGACCGGCAGCAGCAGAUGAUCGAGCGCAUCGACAAGACCACCCGCGAGGGCCGCACCAAGAUCCAGGCCCGCAUCGCCUCGCUCAGCGACAUCCACGCCGUCCACCAGCUCGACAUGGCCGAGUACAAUAAGCACCCCUGCACCUCAGACAACGGUGGGUGCUCGCACAUCUGCAUCGUCAAGGGAGACGGCACCACCCGCUGCUCCUGCCCGGUUCACCUGGUGCUGCUGCAGGACGAGCUCUCCUGUGGAGAGCCCCCGACGUGCUCCCCGGAGCAGUUCUCCUGCACGUCCGGCGAGGUGGACUGCAUCCCGCAGGCCUGGCGCUGCGACGGCUACCCCGAGUGCGACGACGGCAGCGACGAGCGCGACUGCCCCGUCUGCUCCGAGUCCGAGUUCCAGUGCGACAGCCGGCAGUGCGUCGACCUGUCCCUGCGCUGCAACGGCGAGGUCAACUGCCAGGACCGCUCCGACGAGAACAAGUGCGAAGUUCGGUGCCCGGUGGAUCAGUUCAGAUGUGCCAACGGACAGUGCAUUGGGAAACACAAGAAGUGCGACCACAACACGGACUGCACUGACAAUUCAGAUGAACUGGGCUGCUAUCCCACAGAGGAGCCUUCCCCCCAGCCCACCAGCACCGUGGUCUCCAUCAUCUGCGUGAUCCUGGCGCUGUUUGUGGUGGGCGCCAUGUAUUUCGUGUGCCAGCGCGUCCUCUGCCCUCACAUGAAGGACGAUGGGGAGACCAUGACCAACGACUUCGUGGUGCACGGACCGUCCUCUGUCCCCCUGGGAUACGUGCCGCACCCCAACUCCCUCUCAGGGUCGCUGCCAGGCAUGUCGCGAGGGAAGUCUGUGAUGAGCUCGCUGAGCAUCAUGGGAGGCAGCAGCGGGCCACCCUACGACCGCGCCCACGUCACCGGCGCCUCCUCCAGCAGCUCCUCCAGCACCAAAGGCACUUACUUCCCCCCGAUCCUGAACCCACCUCCCUCUCCUGCCACCGAGCGCUCCCACUACACCAUGGAGUUUGGCUACUCCUCCAACAGCCCCUCCACACACCGCUCCUACAGCUACAGGCCGUACAGCUACCGGCACUUUGCUCCGCCCACCACCCCCUGCAGCACAGACGUGUGCGACAGCGACUACACGCCUGGCCGCCGCAUCGCGCCUGCCGCCAAGGGCUACACCAGCGACCUCAACUACGACUCGGAGCCCUUCCCCCCGCCCCCGACCCCCCGCAGCCAGUACCUGUCGGCGGAGGAGAACUGUGAGAGCUGCCCGCCAUCCCCGUACACCGAGCGCAGCUACUCCCACCACCUGUACCCCCCGCCCCCUUCCCCCUGCACGGACUCCUCCUGAGCCCCGCCCAGUGCCCCGCCCCUUCCCCGGCUCCGCCCCUUCCCCGGCUCCUCCCCCCUCACUGUAAAUAUCAAUUGUGCAUAUUAUGAGGAAAAAAAAGACAUUUAUGGAAGAGGGCGGAGAAAAUGGGGAUUCUGUACAGUAUGAAAGAUAUGUUAUAAAGGAAAGGGGCGGGGCACAGACAAGCUGGAGAACAUUUGUACAGUAAAGAAAAAAAAUAUUUAUAUAUUUUCUAUACAGCAUCUUCUGGUUGUGCCAUAGGAGUUUGUAUUAAAAAAAGAAAUUUGUACAUUUUUUUAAAAAAGGUUUUAUUAAGUCAUCACAAACAAAAUACAUUGCCUUAAUCCAGGAGAUAAAAAAACUACCUUCCUAAGAGGCUGAAGAAAAUCAUAAAAUGCAUAGAAAGGGACACCUUGAGAUGGAAUUAUCUGAUGCCAAAAAAUGUUUGCUGUACAUGACAAAGGAGAGGUUGGAUGGGGAAAGACCCGGAUGCCCGUCCGAGGAGGCGAGGAGUCGUGUGAGGCAGCCAUGUUGUCACCAUUAAGCACCCAUCUCUCAGUUCACUGUUCCUACCUGGACAGUUUGCAGACCUGUUGCACAUUGAUUCUGAAAGUUGAGAGGAGAGACAGGUGUGGUUUUACCUCUUUUUUUGUGUUGGGAUUCUGAAUACCCCACCUUCAACUGGAAUAAUAUCUAAAAGAAAAAAACUGAAAACCUUCAUUGUCAACCCUGGUGUGCUGCAGAAUGCCUUUAUGAAAAGAAAGCCGUUGAAGCAAUAAUGGAUGGAUAAGUUCGAUAAUCAGUUCCUGCAGCAGCCAUCACAUAGGUGUUGCCCCCUUCCCUCUCUGCCCCUCCCCCCUGCCCACUGUCCAAGGCCUGUUUACAUCGAGACCUCCAGCUGCUAUCCUCGCCAGAGUGUACAGACCCCAUUAAGAGUGUCUUAACUCUCCGUCUGCCUGAGCUGGCCCUGCGUUCAGACAACCAGGACAGCAGAGCAGACAUUAGGAACUUGCUCCCCUCAGAGGGAGUUUGGAUUGUUGCCGACUCCCAAAUGCCAGCUGCCAUUCUACAUCACCGAUCCUGAGACCUGUAUCCGGAUGAGCCGCCUUCAGUCACGUGACGGGAAAUGGCUGAGCAGCUGCAGUCACGUGACCGGAAAUGGCUGAGUGACUGCAGUCACGUGACAGGAAGUGGCUGAGCACCUAUGGUCACGUGACAGGAAAUGGCUGAGCAUGGUGGCCAAUUCUGUGCAUCCAAAAUAGACUCGGUACGUUAAGAGCAAGUAACCAAAAUCGGUUUUAUCACUUUUUUUUUUGUUUUGUUUUUAUUUUUUUUAAUGCCAGACUGCAACUGUGGACUAAUCUGUGUGGAGGAACCAAGACCCAAAGUAUCAUAACAUCACUUCCUUUCUCUCAGCCCUCUUCACCACAUGCAGUCCUUGUAGCUCUCUCCCCCUCCCCCCCCCCCCACAGGGAAUGGAAGACUCUCAAUCAACCAAGGACAAGUUAUCGUGCCUGACCAGUUUUAAAACUGUUUUUAUUCAGAUUUUAAAAUCCAGUGCCCGCAAAAUAUUUUCAAUA